AUGUAAACGUCACGCAAUUUCGUCUGCAUCUGCAACAUUCCGGUUAGAUCGAAAUACGAGCAGAAUUAAAUUGAUUCUGUCUGAUUAGAUCAAAUGUUGUAACAAAAAAAGCAUAACUAUGUAUUCCGUAAAACUCAUAUUCUUUCUCUUCUGCUGUUUUACCUCUUCAUUCGCGGACGAAGAUUUUUUGGGAUGUGGCGGUUUCGUUCAAGUCGAUAAAGGAGUAGGACUCGACUUAUCUAAAGUCGAAAUCCGGCUGUACACUAAGCAAGGAAAUUUGAAAUAUCACACAGAUUGUGCUCCAAACAAUGGCUAUUACUUUAUUCCUAUUUACGACAAGGGAGAAUAUGUGAUCAAAGUUGUAUCACCAAAUGGCUGGAGUUUCAAACCAUCAUCUUUUCCCAUCAACAUCGACAGAGAAACAGAUCGGUGCUCACAGGGAAAAGAUAUAAAUUUUUUAUUUCAAGGAUUUUCUGUUAAUGGCAAGGUGGUGAGCCAUGGAAGGACAAGUGGCCCUGCAGGCGUAACUCUUCAGUUAAUUGAUGAUACUACUAACAAUGUUCUUCAAAAUAUUUUAUCUGAAAAACAAGGACAAUUUUCCUUCAAAAAUGUCGUACCGGGCAAUUACCGAGUUCAAGCUAGCCAUUCCGAAUGGCGUCUCCGUUCCAGUGAAGUAAAAGUCAGUGUGAAAUCCGACUCGCAAUCAAUCGUCGAAGGCUUGGAUAUUCUUGGCUACCCAGUUCAGGGUCAAGUCGUUAGCGAAGGAGAGCCUAUCCAAAACGUAAUCUUUUCGCUAUUUUCUCGUGACGAUGACGCCACUUCUCACUGUGGAUUGGACGCUCCAUCCGUAUCCUUUCCCGUUGAAGAGGGCAGCGACUGGAAACUUGUUUGCCAAACUUUAUCCGAUCUGAAAGGCCAAUUUCAGUUUCCUGUUGUUCAACCUGGACAUUACAGAAUAGUACCUCUCUACCAAGGAGAAAACAUCCGGUUCGACAUCACUCCCGCUACGUUCGAGUUUGACGUUGAAGAUAGUCGCCUUAUCUUGACACAAAAGUUUGAGGUCCAGGGAUUCCGCGUUAGUGGUCGCGUUCUAGAACACUCUGGUGGCUCUGGCCUUGUUGGUGCCAAAGUUUAUUUGAAUGAUAAACAAGUGGCGAUCACAAACGAUGGAGGAUCCUACAAUUUGGAGAAUAUCAAGACGGGAAUGUAUCGCCUAACUGCUGAGUCUGAUCAAUUGGGUUUCGAUCGUUUGAAUGUACGAAUCAGUCCUACUACACCAUCUCUGCCAGAUAUUGUCGCUUCCUCCUUCCGAGUCUGUGGACAGAUCCAGCUAACUGAUUUAGCUGUCGGUCGUAAAGCAAGACAAGUGAUUUUCAUUCCAACAUCGACUAAGGACUCUUCCGCCGAGCCAGUGCUCGUCGCUACCGAUGACACUGGAGUCUUUUGCCAAUUGUUAAGACCAGGUGUUUAUAAAUUGGAACCGAUGGCGCUAGAAUCUGAAGUGGCUGCUGGAUUAAAGUUUCUCCCAGCAUAUCACGAAAUCAAAGUAGAACGAGAAGGCUUGUCCGGCUUUACUUUUUCGCAAUUCCGAGCAUCGGUUCACGGCAAAGUAAACGUCAUCGGAUCCACCUCGAACGUGGCAGUUAAAUUAGCAAGCGUUUCACAACCGACCCGUUUGGCCCAGUCCUUGGAAACGACGACAGAAACGGGGGGAUUCUUUGAGUUCAAUCAUCUACUUCCCGGAAAAUACCGUUUGUCCGUCUUGCAAGAUGACUGGUGCUGGAAGGCUAAAACGAUUGACGUGGAAUUAGUCGACGGCGAUCACUCUGACUUAACCUUUGAGCAAACUGGAUUUGCUUUUGCCGUUUCAUCCAGCCACGAAGUCGACUUGGCUUACACUAUCGAUGGCCAACCGAGUGAAGAUCUACUGACUGUGAAAACGGGCACUUCAAAACACUGCCUCCCUCGUGCAGGCCAUUAUGUUUUCACUCCAAAGAGCUGCCACGUCUUCGACCCUCCAUCAAUCGAAUGGAGCUCUGAUAAACCGGUCUUGGCGCACUUGAAAUCUGUCAGCCAUCGAGUUGGUAUCGUCGUCCGUUCUGAUCACGAAGUGACUGACCUACGAGUGACGGCCACUUCACCAAAUGGGGAAGCAGCUUCUUUGAUGCUGGAGUCGGUGGAAAAGCCAUCGGAGAACGAAUACGAACAUCGUUUUGUCUUUAAUGCACCCACCGGGGAGACCCUUCAGGUGGUAGCCACGGCUGAGUCGCUCCUGUUCUUCCCGGCAACGUUACAAUUGACGGUGGGCAGAGAGUGUGAUGAUAAGGCAGGGACCAUUAUUGCCCAGCGUGGGCUUUAUGUAAGCGGCUCGAUACGUCCGGCAAUCAGCGAAGUUCAGGUCACCAUCACCGGAGGGAGGUUGACCCAACCAGUCACUGUGGAGACAGAUAGCAACGGUCAAUACAUUUACGGCCCAGUCAAUUUGGAUGGCCAUCCGAUUCUGGACCUGGCAGCUACUUUCAGUCUUGACGCUAAAAAAAGAGGCUACAUUGUCCGUCCAGAUAAGGCAUUUGGUGACUUUAUCGCAGAGAAGCUGGCAGAAAUCUCCGUCUUGGUACUAGAUCGCGCUACCGGCCAACCAUUACCUUCCGUUCUGGUGGCGGCUGCAGGUGGAGUUGGUUACAGACAGAAUAGUCAAACUGGAUCUGACGGGCGAGUUACAUUGAGCAGCCUAAACCCGGGUGAGUACUUCAUCAAGCCGGUGUUAAAAGAGUACCGAUUCGAACCGAGCUCAAAACUGAUUGAAAUCGAAGAUGGUGCCACCGUCGAAUUGCAAAUCAAUGGAGAGAGGGUAGCUUUCAGCUGUUUUGGAUCCGUGACAGCUCUCAAUGGAGAACCGGAAGGCUCCGUGAGUGUGGAAGCAGUUGGAACGGGUCCGUCUCAUUGCGCCGAGUAUCAGGAAGAUGCGACGACCGAAGCAAAUGGACAGUUCCGUAUCCGCGGUCUGCUGCCUGGUUGCGAGUAUACCGUACGGAUGAAAACUGGCAACGGUUUCAACAAAAACGUGGAACGCACAUUGCCUCUGAGCACAAGCAUUAAAGUAGAAAACAACGAUUUGUCCGGUCUGCGCUUUUCCGUUAUCAAGGCCGUCAACCAGGCGGAUGUCAUGAUCACGGUGGACGUACUCGAACCGGAGCAUUUAAGGACGAUCAAGUUGAAUUUGUUUCGUGAAGAUCAACCAGGAGUGGUUCUGCAAAGUCUCAAGCUGGACAACUCGCCUCUCGUCAUUUUGCCCGUCUUGCCCAUGGAUGGUCGUAAAUACUUCAUCCAGCUGGAAUCCAAUUUAGGCCGUCACAAUUACGACUACCAAAUCCCUGAGCUCUCGUUUACUGCUAAUACUUCCGUUCAGCACCUUUCUCUCCGCUUCCAUCCGAGGAGGAAGACGGUCGAUGCCUCCGAAACAACUCAAGUGUCCAUCCGAGGCGUCCUGGUGGCUUUGCUUGUUGGCCUGGCCGUCUACUAUCGCGAAUCACUCGGCCCGCUUCUCAAUCGAGCUUUGGCCAUGGUGAAUAACGCCCUGAAACCGAGCCGAGGUGGAUUCGCCUUUGGUUCCGGUAUGUCUGGAGUGCCAGUUUCGUCGGGUCAUCCCAACAAUCCCGUCUUUAGCGAGCAGGAGCUCGCUCUCAUGGACGAAGGCAGCUCUGUUGUGAAGAAAAGAGUCAAACCGAGAAGAGCUCAGUAAAAUACGUCAGAUCGCACAAUCAAUAUAUGACGUGUGAAAGAAUGUUCAUUCAAAGCACAACAGAUUUUUUGUUAGAAUUUUUUUCCCUUCUUUUUUUUUGUGAAUGUGUGGUUGUUGUUCGUGCUAGUAGGCCAAUAAAUUCAAAUCUUUGACUUAAAAA